GUUAUCGCAGCAGAAAACAUGGCGUCUAAACUUAGGGAUUAUGUUAUUUACUACAAAAAGAAAAUGGAACGAAAUACUGAUGAAGACAUAAUCCUAAAUUCAAUUCACAAACUUGCAAAAAUCCCUAUGACAUAUGAAUUGCUGCAGGAAACUGGCAUUGGCAAAGCAAUUCGUAAUUACUCCAAGGACUCUGGAAAAAUUGGUGAAAAGGCAAGAGUUGUAUAUCAUAAGUGGAAAAAUGUUGUGGCAGAAUCCGUACCAACCUCUACAAAAGUGCCAACUGCCAAAUCAGACAGUAAAAAAGUUCAUUCUAGCAAAGACAAAACAAAAAUACAUAAUAAAGCACCACUUUCAGAAAUAGACUCGCUUAGUAAUAACUCUAAAAAAACUUCCACUAAUUGUGUUUCAAUAGACGUUAAUGACUUAAACCAAAAAUAUACUUUAAACGAUACGAGCGACGAAUCAUUAUAUACAUAUGAAAAACCUGAAGGUGCUUGUGAAUAUGUUGAUUAUGAUCCUCACUGUAAUAUCAAUUUGGGUUACAGUCCAGAUCACCCUGAACUUUAUCCUGAAAGUCAUAAUAACUCUUCAAAGAAAGAAUGCGUGGAAAAAUCGAAACAUACUCUUUAUAGUCAGAAAUCCAUUUCUCACCAUUCAUCAAAAAAACAUAAAUCAGAAACUGUUUCUGAGAAAUCAAAUGGCCAUAUUUCCAAAUCCAAAAAAGCAAGAACUGACGAAAUGCAGUUAACUACUUCUGAAUCCAAUCCAUAUAAAAAUGGCCUGGAUUCCAAAACUCUCAAAGCCAAAAAGGAUGUGAAAAAAGAAAAAGACAAAAAACAAUCUCCUGAUCCAGUGGAAUUAAAAAGGACUAAACAUGAAACUAAAGAAAAGUCCAACUCUGAAAAAAUUAAGAGUUCAGCUGAUUCAAAACAAAAAAAAUCUGAAUCUAAACAUGUUAGUCCGAACAAUUCAACAAACAAACUUCACAAAAAAGCUGAAAAGAGCAAAUCAAAGUCGAAAUUAAACCUCAAAGUGAAAGAGGAAUUUACAUCAUCUGAAGUCAGCUUUGAAGAUUGUUUAGGCUUUAAUGACAUGAUUUCUGUUAGAAAGAAAAAGAUUUGUUCUAAAUCUACGAAAAAGGAGAAAAAGACAGAAUCUGAUGCUGUACCAACUAAAAUAAAUCGCAACAGAUCUCUAGAAGUAAAGAAGAAUCCAUUGGUGAUAGAGAAAGCUCCUGUGGAAAAUUCUUACAGAGUUCCUGAUAUUGCUUCAACUCUUCCACAAAUACAGCCCAACUACAGACCAUUAGUGCAUAAAAGCCCAGAAUUUACUCCUGUGAAAAAGAAAGUGUUAACUAAUGAAGAUGCUAUAAAGUUUACAUCGUCAAAAAAAGAGAAGACUGCUGUCUACUCUGGAAGAAGAAACCAUACUAUAACAGAAGUGCCAACAUUAUUCAAUGCUUGUAUUGAAGUACUCAUCGAUAAUAUUGAUGCAAUUGAAUGUUUAGGGGGUACACCAUACUUUUUAGUUAAGCCUGUUAUGGAACGAUGCACUCCAAAUCAGCUCCUAAACAUCGAAAACUUCAACCCAUCUUUUCUUGAUGAAACUCAAGACUUAUGGGAGGCACACUGCCGUAGAGAUUGCCGUAAUGCAGAACCAGAUGAAAAUGAAACAUGGCGGGAUCUGUAUUGGCGUGUUAAAGAUGAAACAGAAAAGCGAUUAAAAAGUGUUACUGCUAAUAUAUCUGCUUCAAUGUCAAAAUCUGCUCCUACAGUGCGUAAAGCUAAACUUGCAUAUGUGGAUUCAGUGGCAAAACCUCCUCGAGAUGUUGCUCGUAGACAAGCCAAGCAUGGUACUGCUUUACCAGUUAAUACACCAAUGAAAGCAGCUCCUCCAUCUAAAGCUACUCCAAGACCUACUGCUCCAGCUAUAAAUGCUGCAGCUUCAACUAGUGGAGCUGGUGCUUUGAAAAAAAAUAAGCUCGCUCCUUUGAUGGCAAAAACAUUAAAAAGUUUAAAGUGUUACAGACGCUAGUCAAUUACAAGCUGACAUGUAUAAUGAGCUGCUGGAGUGAAACACAGACGUUCAAAAUUCAAAACUAGUUCAAAAUGACUUCUCCGGUGAAUAUACAGUCCAAGCAAGAAGCACACAUAUUGUUGACUGAAAAGUUUUGAACAUUCAGAGUAUCAAGUUGACUGGACAAACAUUGUGCUGUCAAAAUGAAACAAGAUGUAUUUUAGGAGGAAUAAAUCUUCAUGCUCCUGAACUUCUGAUUGAACGGAUGCUGUUGAAAUUGUACUUUUUUUUUUUUAACAGCUGAGGUUUACCAUGAUACAUCCAUGGCCAUUUUGUUCAUGGAUGUUAUCCAAUCCAUUCUGGAAAGUUGUGUUCACAUUUUGUAAGAGCUAAAGUAGAUGAAUGCCAUCGUCAUAUCCAAAUAGGAGAUAUUAAGUCGGAAAAAUAAUGUGCAAACAUUCUAGCUUAUAAUUUUAGGUGCAACAAAAGUUGACUUGUUGUUGGAUCAAACAUACUUGUGCAUGCUCCAAAUGUUCUAUCACCUCUAUCCAUCUUACGUAGUGUCUCAUCUUGCACUGGUUCAAUAUUUGAUUCAUUGUGAUAUUUCCUACUUAUUCUCCUCUUCAGCCUACUACUACUACAUUAACGUCACUAUUGUUGCAUUGCAUUUAACAAGUUUCUGUUUAUAAGUGGCAAAAACCAAGCAAGAAGACCAAUAUUUAGUUUCCAUUUCAACUUCAUAUUUUACUCAUGUGAAAAAUAGUUUUUACUUCUCAUGCAAUGAUUAUUGUCAAACAAACAUGGAUUUUUUUUUUCCCCAACUUUCAAGAACUGCAGCCAGUUUAUAUGGAUUAAUCAAGAGUUCUACUUUUUUCACAUAUUCACGCACACAACAGCAAGCUAUUUCAUUUAUAAAUUUCACCUGGAUUGUUUAGUACUUCCAGAUGUUGCACUUUUCACAAACAGUAGUUUUCUAGUUUAUAGCAAUUUACCUUAUGUUUUGAGUUCAUUUGAUUGAUUUUGCUGCCAAUAUCUGCUGUAGAUAUGCACUGUGUGUUUUAUUGUUUUGCUUAAAUUGACUUUCGUUUUUUGAAUCACAUUUUUAUUCCUUGUAUUAUUCAUCAAAAUAAUGUCAGAAUUACUAUUAUAAAACUUGGUUAUUUUGGAAGUAUAGAUUAUCAUUGGUAUGAAAUAUUUGAGCAAAAUUUAAGUAGUCUCUCAUUUAAUCCGAGAUUAAGACGGUCAUUCAAUUUUUAACUCAGAAUAAAAAUGUAAAAAGGAAAUGAAAAGAUACUUAGAAGUACCAUUGAUGCCCAUUUACAUGGCAAUAGUUCCCUAUGCAAAAUAUUGGUUUUGUGUUUAAGUUUUUAGCAUGGUAGCUGUUUAUUGAACAUUUUAAAGCUACAUCAUGUAUCUUUAUUUUUUAAAGUUUUUAUUACUUAUUUUGAGUCUUUUUUAAAGUUAUGUAGUUAUUUUUCAACUCUUUUUAUUUUGGCCUUUUUAUGAUGUCUUCAAUUCCAUUAAUUCACACAUUUUGUCUUUAUAAUUCAGAAAAAAUUGCAGUUUGAAUUCAGUCAUUUUGAUUUGUUCAAUUACUUUCAAAAAAUAAAAUUUAAGGUAGAUUUGAACAACUCGUGAAGGUUAAAGUUAAGGUGAAACGUCUUGCCAUAAUUUACCAAAAGGUUCCACCGGUACCUAUUUGUCACUUGUGUUUUACUAUAAGAAAUAUUGUGCAGUCAUUUUUUAAAUGUAUAUAUGUGAAUGUAUUUGAUUUGAAAGCAAGUUUUGUAAAACAAAAAGAUACACAUUAAAGUUUAUUUCAUUUCA